CUAUACCAAGUUGAUUGAUAUUGAUACCAAUAUCUUAUAUCCCUUCCCCUCUUCACUUCUUCUUUUGCUACUUUCAUUGGCAUAAACAAAAGAAAAGAGAAUACUUCUCUUUCUCUUUUCUUUUUACUCAUCUCUCCCUCUAUAUAUCUCCCCCUUCUUCUCUUCUUUCUUUCUUCUUCUUCUUCUUUUGGAAAACCCAAAGUGAGAGAGCAAGAGCAAUGAAAAACGCAAUAAGAUGCUGCAUAUCUUGCAUACUACCGUGUGGGGCACUUGAUGUGAUUAGAAUAGUUCAUGCUAAUGGCAAAGUUGAAGAGAUAAGUGAAACUCAUGUAAAAGCAGCUGAGAUUAUGAAGCUUUACCCUAAACAUGUACUAAAGAAGCCAUCAACAUCUUAUUCCUCAGAAGGAGUAAUUUGUCCCAAGAUCGUUGUACUUCCUCCUGAUGCUGAACUUCAACGUGGCAAGAUUUAUUUUCUUAUGCCAAUCCCAGCUUCUUCAACUGACAAAACUCGUUCAAGAUCAUCAACUACAACAAAGAACAAGAAGACAAGACCUUCAUUACCACAAGCUCAUGAUCAUGGGAAUAUUGGCGGAAAUAAUGGUAGUAAUAUGAAUGGUAAUAGUAAUGGUAGUAAUAGCAAUAAUUUGAUGGUUUCUAAUGAUCAAUAUUUGAGUGAAAUUUUGUCGGAGAAAGUCUCAACACAAAGAGAUAGAAGAAGAGGAAGAGUUGGUGUAUGGAGACCUCACUUAGAGAGCAUUUCUGAGAGUUCAAGUGAUCAACCUUAAAUUAAUUGCAAGGUUAUUACUACUACUAUUUUUCCUUGAUAUUUAUUUUCAGGAAUUUUCUUCACUACGGUUUCUCAAGGAAAGUUGGAACCUUUUUUUUUUUUUUUUUUUUUUUUUUGUAAAUAAGCAUAGAAGAAAGAAAACAAUAAUAUCCCCCCAAAAAUUUGUAUUAUUGUUUGAAUUUCGUAUUAAAUCAUUUACUACCUGU